AUGAGAUCCGUCUACAGAUCAGUUGGAAAAACCCUUCCACGUUCCAAUUUUAUGUUGAGAACUGCACCAAACCACUACACUCCUAUAUCAAGCACUAAAUUCAACACAUUUUCCUUUAGAACAUUUGCAGAUGCUGCUAAAGGUAAGACAGAGGAUAACGCUAAUACUUCAGCCGGUGCUGAAGACGCCAGUAACUUGACUGUCGAACAAAAAACCAUCAAGGAUCUUGAGGUCAAAUUAGAAAGUAAGACCAAGGAUGCGUUGGAAUUAAGAGACAGACUAUUGAGAUCUGUUGCCGAUUUCAGAAAUCUACAGGAAGUUACAAAGAAGGAUGUUAAAAAGGCCAAAGAUUUUGCUUUACAAAAGUUUGCCAAGGAUCUCUUAGAAUCUGUUGACAACUUCGGUCACGCUUUAAGUGCGUUCAAAGAUGAAGAUGUCAAGAAGUCAAAGGAAAUCAAUGACCUAUACACUGGUGUUAGAAUGACUAGAGAUGUGUUUUUGAACACCUUAAAAAAGCACGGUAUUGAAAAGUUGGACCCUCUAGGUGAAGUCUUUGACCCAAAUAAGCACGAGGCUACUUUCGAACUACCUCAGCCUGAUAAAGAACCAGGUACCGUGUUCCACGUCCAACAACUUGGAUACACUUUAAAUGAAAGAGUCAUUAGACCAGCUAAGGUUGGUAUUGUCAAAGGUUCUGAUAACUGA